CCGCCCCGCUAAGCGCCGGCCACUUCAUCACUGACCCCCUUUUCACUGCGCUUCCGUGCCCCGCUCGCUGCCCGCCAUGGAGGGGAGAGAAGACGCGGAGUGCGACUGCCGGGCGGCGUUCGCCGAGGCUCGGCGAUGGGUAGAGACAGUUACUGGGAAAAGCUUUGGAACCAAAGACUUUCGAGCAGCUCUGGAAAAUGGAGUCCUGCUGUGCGAUUUGAUUAACAAGAUCAAACCUGGCAUUGUUAAGAAGAUCAAUCGCCUGUCAACUCCAAUAGCUGGCUUGGAUAAUAUAAAUGUUUUUCUGAAAGCGUGUGAAAAUAUUGGACUGAAAGAAGCUCAGCUUUUUCAUCCAGGAGAUCUUCAGGAUUUGUCCAAUCGAGUUACAGUCAAACCGGAGGAGACCAACAGAAGAGUGAAAAAUGUUUUGAUUACAUUAUACUGGCUUGGGAGAAAAGCUCAAAGUAACCCUCAUUAUAAUGGUCCAUACCUCAAUCUUAAAGCAUUUGAGAAGUUACUAGGGCAAGCGUUGACUAAGGCACUUGAAGAGUCUAGCCACCUGAACAGAAGUGGCAGGGAUAGCGGGUACGGUGAUAUUUGGUACGUUGACCGGGGAGAGCCCUUUCCAUCUUCAGCUAGCCAUAAAAGAGACGAUUCCUUCGAUAGCUUGGACUCUCUUGGUUCAAGAUCUUCCACAAGCUUUUCAUCAGAUAUAACCUUGAAAGGUGGCAGUGAAGGUUGUGACAGUGACACAGACUCAGAACUGCCUUUCAAAAUGCAUGACUCCCAUAAAGAUGAUAGGUCUUACCGUAGGAUUUCUGUGAUUGAACCGAAGCCUACCACUGAUUUCAAUCGCUUCUUACCCAACAAAAACAAGCAGACGGCCUAUGUGCCAGCACCUCUAAGGAAGAAGAGGACGGAGAAGAAUGAGGACAACAGGAGGAGCUGGGCAAGUCCUGUCUUCACUGACUCGGAUGGAACAUUUUCAAGUGGACAUGAAAGGAAUCCUGUAGCCUCCUGCCAAAGUAGCAGAGCAGAGUGUGGGCUCACAGAUCCAGCUUCCCUCCAGAUGAUCUAUGAGUAUGACAGUGGCUCUGAUUCAGAAGAUGAAAGAAGGCUGCCCGACCUGGUUAUGGAUGACUUAGCAAAUCGUAGAUUUCUAGUCAAAAAGAGCCCUGUAAGCUCUGCUACACCUGGACAUCAUUUCAUGUUGCGCAAUGACUCUCCUAAAUCUUGCUCGCAAGAAAGUUAUCCAGCUGGUCCACUAGCUGCAAUGCUUGAACCACUGAGUAACCAGAGGAGGCAGAGGCAGUUGGCUACUAAAGAGGAAAACAAACCAAGAGCUAACAUUCCUUCAGAAUUAUCUGGGUAUUUUGAUGAGGACGAGGAUGAAGAAAUAGGCAUCCCAAACAUCGAGAAAGAUGAUCUCUAUUUUCGCAAGCUAAGUUCUUCAGCAGCAAACACAGUUGUUGCUUUUGACAAAUUUCUUCCUAAGUUUUGGACUCCAGAAGAGGAAUUGCUGUGGAAAAAAAUCAGAAAGUCCUCUUUCAAACCCUGGUAUAAAGAGAUUCAAGGGUUCAGUAGAAAGAAAUCAGAUUCUGAGGAGGAUUUUGCUUACAAACAAAGCUCUGCCAUUGUUGCUAGUCACCCAAGACCAAGUUUUGACUGGAACAGCAGUUGCAGAAGAGAUCAGAACUAUAAGCCAACUGCUGACUAUGUGGGAAGCUCGUUGUCACAGAUUGCAGAAGGAAAAAUCUUGGAAGCUCCUGAUCAGCCCAGUCAGUUUUCAUUACUUCAGGCUCUGCAAAAAUACUCUGACUACUUGUCUUCUGAAACGAAGACCAAAAUAGAUCCUACUUCUGGCCCUAGGCUCAUAAAAUGUAGAAAGAAUAUUUCCUUUAUACCAGGAAGCAAUCAAGGAGAUGGGGAAAACAGGUAUCUGUAUCCAGAUUUGGAAAACGAUGACUUUUUCAUUCGGAAAACUGGGGCUUUCCAUGUGAAUCAAGUUGUUCUCCAAGACCCCCGAUAUUUAAAAAACUUCUCUGAGCAGGAGCCUCCCAUAGAGGGUGAGAUAAUUCUGCAACCCAGAGAGGGCCAACCUGUGAUUCCAGAUUUGGAGAAGGAUGACAUGAUUCUCCGUAAAAUCCUCUCUCAGAGGAAAGAGGUGCCUUUAUCAGGUGCUCCAGACAAGUAUCACCCAGCACUCUUUCCUGAUCCAUGGAGUCUUCCGGAGGAGAUACGGUCCAAAUUCCUGUGUUUACUUGAAAAAGACACUACACCAGAGGAAAGGAAGAGCAAUGGCAGAGUGCUGUCACCAUCUUCCCGCCAUAAGAAGGAUGAUAUGCUGACCCGCAAGUUAGAAUCUUGGAAGGUGGGAAGCAACGCCCAGCCAGUAAAUUUCAUCCCUGGUCCGUGCAGUGAAGAAGACUGGAAGAAGUGGGAAGCAAUCAGGGAGGCCAGCAAAGUUAGACACAAGAAACGGCAGAUGGUGGAGAGACUUUUUCAAAAGCUUUCUGAUGAGCAAGGGAGCAAAUCUUUGAAUGAUGUUAGUGCAGAAGAGCUGCAGUCAUUGCGCAAAAUCCGUUACGAAGAGCUACAAAGGAUCAAAGAACAGUUGCAAGAACAAGAUCUAAAAUGGCAAGAAGAUUUAGCAAAAUGGAAGAAUCGUAGAAAGAGCUUCACUUCUGAAUUGCAAAAAAAGAAGAAAGAAAGAGAAGAAAUAGAAAGGAGAGCCUCUGAGGUGUCUGAGAGGAGUACAAAGUCACUGAAAGAAAUACAGCAGGAGAGGGAGGACAGAGAUCUAGAUUCCUACAGGCAGCGAAAACACGAACACAGAUGGACAUAUUCACCGAAUGAUGAUGUAUUUAGUGAAGAAAAAGCACCUUCCACACAGUCACCAGCAAAAGACUAUCUUUUGGAAGAAGAUACCACCAACAGUUCUAAGGACAACAAAAGCACAAAUGCCACACAACAGCGCAAGGAGAACCUCCUGGAGAGCUCGGCCACUCGUGAAGCUCCUACUCCACCAAAGAGCCUGGCAGAGGAGCACAGCUCAGGUCUUUUGUUUACCCGCUACUCAGCGAAUGCUCAAACUGGGUCAGCUCAGGUUUCAGCUUCUCUCCCGAGAAGUUACCAGAAAACCGAUACCUCUAGGUUAACAUCUGUGGUUACACCAAGACCUUUUGGUGUCCACUCAAGAGGAAUCUCGUCACUUCCACGGUCAUUCACGAUGGAUGAUACCCAGAAAUACAAUGGAGAAGUAGAAAAAUCUAAGAGAACUCAAACUUUGUUCACUAGCAGUUCGUUUUCAGAACCAGAUUCUGCACACCCUCUCUCCGCUGGUGCAUUCAAACACAGAGGUGAGGAGGAGGAGGAGGAGGAAAAGGAAGGUGUUCAAUCAACACCAUCUCCUAGUUCAGCAUUACCUGUAAAAUCCCAAGACCAAGAUGCUGGAAGCAGUAUUCUUAAACCAGAUUAUUGCUGUCCUCCUGAUUCUCUUUCACUUGCAUCUUCUGCAGAAAAUGUGAGUCUGCCAGAGCCUGAGGAUUCAAAAUCUCAGGAGCAGUACAGUGAAAUGAGAAUCAGUAUAAACCAGAGACCUGGCCACAGUCGCAGCUUUGGGUUUACUGCAAAUUGGAGUUCUUCAGGGGUCUUCGUACAGACAGUUGAAGAAGCUAGCCCUGCAUCAGUUUGUCAGCUGCAUGUAGAUGAUGAAAUUAUUGCUAUCAAUGGCAUAAAGGUUUCAUGUAUGGACUAUAGACAGUGGGAAGAAGCCAUCAACAGAGCACUAGAAACUGGAAACCUGCUCAUGGAUGUCAGACGAUAUGGAAAGAAUGGUGCAUCUGAAAAUAAAUGGAUUGAUGCAACUUCUGGAGAGCACGUUUCAAAUGUUUCCACCAUAUCAACAAAAAGAGAUUUAUCCAGCAGCCUUCAAAGUUCUGAUACAGAAACAAAAUUGAUAAAUGGGAUGCAAGGAGAUCUUGGCUCUAAUGAACAAAGAGCAUCUGAACCUAUUUCUUUGAAAAACUUAAAAAGGCGGUCACAAUUUUUUGAACAAGGGUCAUCAGGUUAUUCUUACAAUUCAUGGGUCUACCUUUGUGGAGGCCCAGAACCUGCAAUGCCUGAUCUUCCAGUCCCAUCCAUUAGUGCUCCUAGUCGUCGGGUUUGGGAUCAAGAGGAAGAACGAAAACGACAGGAAAAAUGGCAAAAGGAGCAGGACCGUUUACUGCAGGAGAAAUACAAACAGGAGCAAGAAAAACUGAGAGAAGAAUGGCUACGAGCUAAGCAAGAAGCAGAAAAAGAGAGCUCAAAGUAUUUUGAUGAGGAGCAGUCUGUUCUAACCUUAAACACGUCUGUCCCUGCUCGAGCUCCGUCUGUGUCCAGCUGGAGAGCAAGCCCUGAAGCAAAUACUCCUGAGGAGCCAGAAGGAGAUGGAGGAAGCAAGGUAGCAACAUGCCUAUUGGGUGAGGAAGAUGGAAGGAGGAGGCAUCAGGAGGAACGGAGGAUCCAGGAAGAAGCAGCCCUGCGUUUUGAGCAAGAAAGGGAACUCGAAGAGCAGGAGCUUGAGAGACAACGUAAAGAGAGAGAACAGCAAUAUGCUGAGGAGCAAAGGCGGCAGUCAGAGAUGGAGGAGCAGAGACGUCAGGCUGAAAGGCAGGAGAUGUCAGUGGAUGUGCCUCAGUACCAAAGACAUUACGAGCGCUAUGAAGUAUCUAAAACAAUAGAGGAUCGAGCUGGCCAUCCUGUCAUUGACAGGCAUUAUGAGCGUUAUGAAGUUUCUAAAACCAUUGAGGAGCAACCUGGACAGUCUUUUGCCGACAGGAAUAAGUCCAAGUCAACUUCAGAACUGAAUGAAUUUGACACAAUCAGAAAUGGUACACAGAGCAAGUAUUCGGAGAGGUCCUGGAACGUGGGUGAGUCACAGAAGAAGUCUCAGAAGGAGCACAACCUGUCUGCAGCAGAGCUGGAGAGACAACAAAUCCUCCAGGAAAUGAGAAAGAAAACAUCUCUACACACAGACAGCAGCUGGAUUAGGCAGCGCAGUUCCAGUAUACAUAAGGAGCCCAUUAGUCUGUACAGCAGUAGCAUGAGGAGAGGGGAAUCUUUGGAUAAUCUUGAUUCUUCAAGAACAAGCUCAUGGAGGCACCACUCAUGGCUGAACCAGUCUGUCUCCUCUUCAUCUCUAUCCUCUAACCAAGAUUUCGGUCGCCCGGUGUCCACUUCAAACCGAGCCUACAUGUGCACUCCUUCUUCCAGCAAAGCACCUCCAGUGGCCACCUCUCAGAGAGCCCCCUCUGUGUCCCAGGCAGCCCCCCAGGCUCAGUCUCCUCUCUCUGCUUCCCAGACAGGUUCCCAGACACGCAGCAGGUCAGUCAGUGGGAAGAAAAUCUGUUCAUACUGUAAUAACGUUCUGGGCAAAGGAGCAGCCAUGAUCAUUGAGUCUCUUGGUCUUUGUUAUCAUUUACAUUGCUUUAAGUGUGUUGCCUGUGGAUGUGACCUCGGGGGAUCCCGCUCUGGAGCUGAAGUUAGGAUCCGAAAUGACAAACUCUUCUGCAAUGACUGCUAUAUCAGAUUUAAAACUGGACAACCAACCUCCAUGUGAAGCAAAUGAAGAUAUGAAACCACUGUUGCAGAUAAAAGAAGAGGUGAUUGCUGCUGAUGUAGAUCUAUAAAUAUAUACAUUGUGUGUAUGUGUGUGUUUUCUAAGAGUAGCACUUGCUUGUCUAGUCUCCAUAGCAAUGCAUUGUAUUCUCUAUAUAACUAUUUUUAUUUAUAAGGAAGUAAUUGCGGUAAGGAAGUAUCUGGGAAAACGCUUUCACUUUUUCAGCUUCAAAUACUGAGAGCACAAGAGAAAAUAAAUAUAUUUUCAUUAAUAACUGCAAAAUAUUUUUGAGGCUUAGAAUCAACUAGUUGGCUUUCCAAUGGUAUAUGAAGAGGGUAUUUUGUUUCUGAGCUCUUGAAAUGAGCAUUAGAGAAAUAGCUUAAUAUAAAUAUAUAUUUGCAAUUGCUGUCUUUAUUUUUGACAUAUACUGAAAGUGAAUUCUCUAGGUUAAUAUGAAGCUGCAUUUAAAUGACACAAAGGUGUUUGCUUUCCAUAUGCUGGUUUCUAAAAUUACGUGCUUUUUUGGAACUUAAACACAAAGAAUAAUCUGUUUGCUCAGUGGUGUUGGCAUAAUAUUCUGUGGAAUCCAUUUAAAGGGAAGAGUUCUCUUUUCCCAGUUGAAAAAUGUAACUAUCACUUUUCCCUCCACAAACAGAGUGGAGAAUGGUUGUUGAAUUACAGUAUAUUUGUAAAUAAAAUUUCUGAUGUUGCA